UCAGGAAAUUUUGCUGUAUCUCGCCGGAAACAUUAUAAAACAAUUUUAUUUUUUGUUACAUCAUAUAAAAAAUUAGAAUUAACUUUAUAUAUUUUAAACUUUUUAAACCGUUCAAAUUUAAAGAUCUAGAAUUUUUUUUUUUUUAAAGUUCCGACAAUCUAAUUAGAUCUCUUUCCUAACAAAUUAGUGUUUGAAAUCUGACAACCACGCGAUUAAGACAUUUGUCACAUUUUAAAGUUCACUUUAUUGACUAAUUCCAAAUUUGUUGGAGAAAAUGGUUAACUUUCCAAAAAAACAUCGUUGUCACUUGUCGGAAACACUAUAAAACCUCUCUAGCCAUAUAUGCGCUGUUAAUAUUGUUACACAUGACAGAAACAAUAGCGUGCAUUAAAAGCACGUUGUAGAUACUACUAGCUAUGGCAUGCCCUUAUAAGUGCGCUGUUAAUAAUUUACCACAAAAUAAAUAUAUAUCAUAAUAUUUAAUAACCCAAUAUAAAUAUAUACACAUACGUACACCCUAUUUCCUAAAUGAGAAAAGAAUGGAAAAAAGAGAAAGCCCUAAUCCUUCUCCCAUGCAGCUCAUCGCCCUUCUCACCUCCCGUCGUAAACUGCCACGUCGUCUGGAAUCGGAGCUUCGACAAUAACAACAUAACUGAAAAGGGCAUGAGUGCUCUCUUCUCUCGCUCUGAUUUGACGAAUCCCUGAGAACCCUUCUGCGUCGAUCGCUCGUCAUGUUCUCACGUCUGGUGGCCAAGUGCCUCUUGGAGAUUUGUCGGGUGUUGUGUCCGUCGUUGCCGGUAGGGUUUGCCUUCUUCGAUUUUAUCUCACGAACUCUUCGUGGAUCCCUAAUGUCCACAACCCUGAACUAUCACAUUGAUUUGCCGGAUAACAAGCCAAACGCACCAUGGGAGUUUAUUGCCGCGAAUAUAAAGAGGGAAAGAUCAAGACUUUUGAUGGCAGAGGCCACGUUGCAAAGCUGUGCAUUGUGUUUCUUCCUCUGCUCACUGCAGCACUCAUGGCGAUUUCCAGAGUGGAUGAUUAUUGGCAUUAUUGGAAAGAUAUAUUUGCAGGAGGUUUCCUAGGAUUGGUCGUAGCUUCAUUUUGUUACCUGCAAUUUUUCCCUCCCCUCUACGACCUACAAGGUUGGUUGCCCCAUGCAUACUUGCAGGCCGUGUCCGACUGUCCAAUGCCAGAGAUAAUGUGCCAUUGUAGCCAUUUGCUGCCAGCUCCUUACACACGAGGCCUUCUGAGGCUGAAAGUGUAGUUGUUGCAUCUAGACAUCAGGAUGGGAGCUAUGCGAGAAACACAAGCACAAUUCUCGACUUCAUGGAAGCUGGGAGGAGAAAUAUACCCUGAAUCUGGAUGCAGAAUGAAUUUAGAGGAUUGAUACAAUAUUCCAUCUUAGAUAGCUUGUUCUUAGCGAUCAGUCAUACUUGCUUGUCGAAUAUUUGUUCUUCUAUCAUUCCUAUUCUCGCUUUUUGCUAAUAGUAGUUUAGCCUGAACGGUGAGUACUGUAUUGAACAGCAUUGCUAUACUUUUAGAAAUAAUGCAUUUCCAACUUUCACAGC